AUGGUGAAUUAUGAUGAUAUUACUCAGACUUUAUUAAUAGAACGAAUAAAAAUUCAAUAUGACUCAAAUAGUCAGUGGAACAAAUAUUUAAAAUAUAGUUUGAGAAAUCCUCACUGUUUCAUAUAUCCAGAUAUAUCUCAUUUUAAUAAUUGUAAUAUUAUUAAAAUGAAAUUUAAUAAAGAUUUUGAUUACUUUAAUUCCACCUUUUUAUCAAAAGGAUAUAAAAUAAAAAAUAUUGAUAAAUUAAACAAAGAUUAUAAUGAGGAUAAUAGUGAAAGAUAUUUAUUUGAAAUUGAAAAAUACGAUGAAAAAAAUUUUAGUGAAGAUAAUGACGCAUUAAUAAGAAAAGUUGUUUAUUUAUUUAAAGAAUGUAUGUAUUAUUUUAUGAGCUUUAAUGAAAAUGAUGGACAAAUUUUAGAAAAAUGUAAAAAUUCAAAUAAAAAAGAUAUAAAACAUAGUAGUGAAUACGAGUUGUUUAAAAGCUUAAAUGAUUGCAUAAUACAACUACAUGAUUCCAAAAAAAAAAAAAAUCAAGCAUUAAUUAUGACUAAUGAAUUUUGUGGUAUUUUUACACCAAAAUAUGUCAAGUUAACAAAAUAUUCUGAACAAUUUAAAAACUUAUUAAAAGAAAAUAAUAUUAAUUUUUCUGAUAUGUUUAAUGAAGAAAUAAAAAAUAAUGAAUUUUAUAAAAAAAAAAAACAACAUUUUGAUAACUUGAAAAAUUCUGAAUUCAUUCCGUUAACAAAGGGAGAGAUUUCUUUGGCUAGUAAGAAUAGUAUUAUAAAAAAUAACUUAAUGACUAAAAAAAAAAAUGAAGAAAAUAACAACAGUGAAAAUGAGGAAGUUAAUAAAGUUAUAUUAAACGGUCAAGUAGAUCUAAAAGGUGGUAAAUACGAAAAAGAAGAAACAUCUGAUAAAAUAAAGAGACAAAAUGAAAAUGAUUUAAAUGUAAAGAAAAAAGAAAAAAAAAAAGAAAAAGAAAAAAAGAAAAGAAAAAAAAAUGAACAUUCUGAAAAUAAAAAAAAUUGUUCUACUAAUUUGAAUAUUUCUAUAAAAGAAAAUAAUAAUAUUAUCAAAGAUAAAAGUGAUUGUAGCAAUAAGGAAGAGGACGAUAAUAAUAUAAAGAAAAAAAGACAUAGAAAAAAUGAUGAAAAAAAAAAAAUUAAAAAUGAAAUAAAUAGGAAUGAAGAGACGAAAGAAAAUAUAUGUAAAGAAAUAAAAGGACUAGAUAUGAUCCUUUAUGAAAAUGAGGAAAUAUGUAAUUAUUUAAAUAUAAAAAAUGAAAAUAUUGAUGUAAAUAAAAACGAAGAUUUUACAAAAAAUACAAAAAUUUUUAAUUUAUUAAAUAAAAAUAUGAAUUCGGAUGAUUAUAUAUAUAAAGAAAUAAAGGAUGAUUUUAUGAAAGAAAUAAAUUUACCAAAUAAUUUCAAUUAUGAUAUAAAUGUAAUAGAAAUAUAUGAAAAAGAUAUUAAAAAUUUUUAUAAAUGUGUAGUUAAAUAUAUAAAUAAAAAAAGAGAAAAAUUAAAAAUAUAUUAUAUCAUAAGUAAUUUUUUGUUUUUUUUUUCAAAAAUGUAUAAGAAUUACAUUAAUUUUGAUGAUAAUAUUCAUAAGGAUAUUAACAGGAAUUUUGAUUAUAAGACUAUAAUAAUACAAGGUAACAUUUUACCAUAUAAUUUUUUUAUUCUCCUAAAAGCUUUGCAUUUAAUGAGUUUAUAUGAUGUCAUUAAAAAUUUUUUUAUAACCGUAAGUUAUGAUGAAAGAAAAAACAAAUGUCUACAUUUUUUAAACUUAACAGAAAAUAGGUUUUAUGAAAAUUUUAAGAAAUUUGAAAAAAAUAUAAAAACUAAUUUUGUAUAUAUUUAUAAGUUUUUACAAAAUAUGAUUCCAGUAAAUAAAUAUUUAAUAACACAAGGAAAACUAUAUAGGCAUAUGGAAAAUAUUCCUUUUUCUUUUGAGAAUAAUGACUUUUUACAAAUAACAUAUAACAAGUCUUAUGAUAAUAAGGAUAUAGUGUUAUAUGAUGAAAAUAAUGAAGAAUUUACAGAUGAAAAUCAUACAUUAGGAAAAAACUUAAAUAAUAUUAGUAAUAAUAAUGCAUUACGUAAUUAUAAUUACAUAAUUUAUGAUUCUAAUAAUAUUCAUAAAAAAUUACACAAUAUAAAAAAUUAUUAUAAAAUAAUAGAUGAUAAAGAAAUGCAUAAACUAAUGAAGGAUCUUACUGAUUUUAAUGAUAAUUAUGCAAAAAAUUUAUUAAAAGAAAAUAAAAUAUUAUUUCUAUUAGAUUUAUAUGAAAAAAAUCUUGUUUUUCCGAAUAUAUUAUUUAAUUCUAUUUUUUUUGAUUCAUAUAUUUCUUUAAUUUAUAUUAAUUAUAUAAAUAAUUUUACAAAAAAUAUAGAGAAUUUCAAACAUAUCCCAUUAUUUAAACCUUCAUAUGUUAAUUUAUUAGUUCAACAUAUAAUAAAAAAAAAAAAUGAAAAAAAAUUAAAAAAGACAAAAGCAAGGAAUGUACACACUGUGGAUAAACUUUGUAACAAUUUUUUUAAAAAUUCUUUCAAUAAAAUAUUAAAUGCAAAAAUAAAAGAAGGUAUUGAUAACACUUCGUUAAAUAAUUUAAAAAAAGAAAAAAUAAAUAAAGAAAAAGAGACAAAAGAAGAAGAUGAUCAAAAUAAUGAUAAAAAUAAAUUAAAUAAUAAUAAUGAAUACGAUGAAAAUGCUAUUAAAACUGAUCAUGUAAAAACAAAUGAAAAUAAAAUAGAAUGUGAACAAAAUAAUGAAAAUAAUUUACAAGUUACAGAAAACAAUCUAAUUAUAAAUGAAGCAGUAAUAAAAAAAAAAGAUUAUGAUAAUUUAAUUAUAUGUAUAUUUGUAUUUAUUAAUGAAAAUUCUCAUACAUUUAAUGAAGAAGAAAAGGAAAUUCGUGAACUCAUAUUGUAUGUUUUAAAAUCUAAAGAAAACUUAAUUGAAAAUAAUAAAAUUAAGUAUGUAUUUAAAUACAGAAAUAAUAUAAAUGAUGUUAUUACUUUAAGUGAAAUCGAGAUAAGAAGAAAUGAUUAUUGUCAAAUAUAUAUAAUAGGUUUAGUACUAAAUAAUAAUAUAUCUAAUAAAAAUUUGCAAACUGACUUAAAUAAUUUAUAUAACUUAAAUCAGACAUUACAUCAAAAAUAUGAUACAAUAAGUUUUGACAUUAAAACAAAAGUUUUUACAUUUUAUUGGAUAUAUGAAGUUCAUAUAUAUGGUUCUAUAUUUUUAAAAAAUAAAGAAAUAAAACAUAUGAUAAAAAAAGUUGAUAAUACAUAUCAAUUACCAUAUAAUGUACAGUGGAAGAACAAAUUAUUAUGGGGUUAUUAUCUCUAUAUAAUUCAGGAUAGUGUAAAUAGUAAUUACACAGAUGAAAUCAUUGAGAAAUUAAAUGAAGAAGGGAUAAAUAUAAAACUGUGUAAUGAAGAAUUUGAUGCUAAAAUAGUAGAAAAUGAUAUAAAUGAAAUUCUAGAUUUACAUAAUUUAGAAUUUAAUGAUUUGAAAUGUAUGGAAAAUAAUAUAUUUAUGAAUAUUAUAUUUUUAAUAGAAAAUGGACAUUUGACUUAUUUUACCUUUAUUAAUACAGAUAAUGUAUAUAUAAAUCAAAGAAAUAAUUAUAUUUCAAUUCAAAUUUUUAAGUCAAAAAUAACUUUUCCAUCAUUUAAUUUAAACACACCUUUAUUAAAUGAUUCUUGGUUAAAAGAUGUUUUAUCUAAACAAACUUUAUUACCUUUUAAAGAUUAUUAUUAUAAAUUUUAA